AUGUCAUUUACUUCAAAAGCAUCUCAACACCAAGCUGAAUUAACAGUGGGUAAACUAUUUAGCGAUAUACUACAUACCCAACCCUCAUCGUCCACCACCAAAAACGACAAUGCUACUCAACUUUCAUCAACUCAAAUCCUAACUCAUCAACUACACCCAUCAUCAUCAUCAUCAUCAAGCAAAGCCAAAUCGCAAAAGAAGAGCAACAAUAGCAUCAAAAAGAAGAAAUUGCAAAAGAUCAAAAAGAGAGAAACUGAAGAUAAGAAAUUCCAAAAAUUCAUCAAGUAUAAUCAAAUCCUAUCCAAACCAAAAAACCAACAAACCGAAUCCGAUAAAGCAUAUAUUGGCAAACUAAUCCGCAAAAACACCAACCAGAUCAAAAAUUUAACCCACAUUGAUGAUUUCGAAAUCGAAUCUGAAUUGGACGUGGUUAAGCUGCAGCUUUUGGCUGAUUUACAACCGAAAUCGCAAGCUCGAUUAAGAAAGAAAUUGACCGUGCCUAACUCCAGAAACAGGAGUAGUGAUUACGAUGGUGAUGGUGGCGUAAGCAAGCAAGAGUUUAUUGAUUUUGAUGACAAGGUUAAACGUGGAUUGAUCUCAAUGCCGGGCUUGACUCCUGGUUUGGCACCCGUUGAUGAAAAUGAAUCCGAAUCAGAUACAGAAUAA